CGAGUCCCAGUUUCCUACCUGUCUGUUUCCUAUCUGUCAGUUGACUGAGUGAGCCAGGCAUAAUGGCUAUCCGUGUGUUAGAAAUGAUCUUUUUCUUCUAUUUUGCUACUCAUAUUCCUAUCACAUUAUUUAUUGACUUACAAGCCCUGCUGCCUGGACAUGUGUACCCCCAACCGCUAAAAGAUCUCCUGAGGUGGUACGCAGAGGAGUUCAAAGACCCUAUGGUGCUGGAUCCUCCUGAGUGGUUCAAGUCCUUUAUUUUCUGCGAGGCUUUGCUUCAGACGCCUUUCUUUCCCGUUGCAGCGUAUGCUUUCCUUAAAGGUGGCUGUAAGUGGAUCAGGACUCCUGCCAUCGUGUAUUCCACACAUGUGGCCACCACACUGGUCCCAAUCCUAGCCCACGUCCUUUUCUAUCAGUUCCCUAUGAAACCCCAUCCUGGUCCCCAGACUCUGCAGGAGCGUUGGCUGCUGGUCUCCAUAUAUGCUCCAUAUCUGCUGGUGCCGGUGCUGCUGCUCCUCACCAUGCUGCUGUCCUCCACCUACAGCUCCACCUCUCAGUCUGGACAUACAUCAGCCAAAACCAAGAAGAAGAACUGAUACAUCACCGGACUGCAUCUAUCCCAUUUACUCUGAUUUUAGAAGAUAUUUUUCUACAUUUCUCAAUGUACCGUUUGUAUGAUAAACAUGUAUGUGAGAAGCUGUGUAAGUCAUACUGUAUAACACUAUUCUUAGAAAAAAAUUGCCAUUAUUAAAUCAGCCAGAAUGAGCACUUUGAAUAUUACUCUUUAUAAUUGAACCCCUGGGAAAAACAUUUCCUCUCACAGCAGAUCUGGAAAAUCUGUCUGUACACAGGUUCAACAAAGUUCCUAAGAAGGAAAAAAGAUAAUGCCACUAUUUUGUACAUUUUUUACACCUUAUAAUUAAAAAAUGUUUGGGUUUUUUUGUA